UCCGGGCAGUCAUGGUGGCGGUGAUUCAAGAUGGUGAAGUGACGUCGAGGGGGAGCUAGACUUUACGUCUGUGGUCUGCUAAUGGGAGCAGGGAAAAACGCUCUUCCACAGUCAGAACGAACGCCGCGAUGUCCCUGGUGGCGCUGCCCUUCUACCAGAAGAGACACAAGCGCUUCGACCAGUCGUACCGCAACAUUCAGACACGCUACCUGCUGGAUGAGUACGCGUCUCGGGAGCGCGCGUCCUCCCAGCGUUCUCUACAGCAGCGGGCGUCCGCUCAGCGCGCGUCCAGCCAGUCCUCGGCCGGGGGCUCGACCUGCCGGCUCUGCGCGGAGAGGCUGAGCGCGUCCGAAGAGGAGGAGCGCGAGCAUGAGCGCCGGUACCGGUCCCAGGCCGCCUCCUACGGCGAGGCCAAGAGGCAGCGUGUCCUGGGCGAGCUGGCGCAGCUGGAGCAGAGCGUGCAGCUGGCGCGAUCCCAGGCGCGCACCACGCUGGACCAGUACUCUGUGGAGCACGUGGCGGGGGACGCGCAGGCGGGGGAGAGGCAUGCCUUUGAAGAGCGGAUGAGCAGGGCCCCGGAGAUCCUGGUGCGGCUGCGAUCCCACACCGUCUGGGAGAAGAUGUCCGUGAGGCUGUGCUUCACGGUGCAAGGCUUCCCCACCCCCGUGGUGCAGUGGUACAAAGACGGAAGUCUCAUCUGCCAGGCGGGCGAGCCAGGCAAGUACAGGAUCGAGAGCAACUACGGGGUGCACACACUGGAGAUCCACAGGGCGGACUUCGACGACACAGCCACCUACUCGGCAGUGGCCACCAACGCCCACGGCCAAGCGUCCACCAACGCCGCGGUGGUGGUGAGACGGUUCCGGGGGGACGAGGAGCCCUUCCAUUCCGUGGGACUCCCGAUCGGACUGCCCCUGUCGUCUGUGAUUCCGUACACGCACUUCGAUGUUCAGUUCCUGGAGAAAUUUGGGGUCACCUUCAGAAGAGAAGGGGAGACUGUUACCCUCAAGUGCACACUGUUGGUGACACCAGACCUGAAGAGACUGCAGCCAAAGGCCGAGUGGUACCGUGACGACGUCCCUGUGAAGGAGUCCAAGUGGACCCGGAUGUUCUUCGGGGAGGGCCAGGCCUCGCUGAGCUUCAGCCACCUGCACAAGGACGACGAGGGCCUGUACACGCUGAGGAUCGUGUCUCGGGGCGGCGUCAGCGACCACAGCGCCUUCCUGUUUGUCCGAGACGCUGACCCGCUGGUCACCGGGGCCCCCGGGGCUCCCAUGGACCUACAGUGCCACGACGCCAACCGUGACUAUGUCAUCGUCACCUGGAAGCCGCCCAACACGACCACCGAGAGCCCGGUCCUCGGCUACUUCAUCGACCGGUGCGAAGUGGGGACGAGUAACUGGGUCCAGUGUAACGACGCCCCCGUGAAGAUCUGCAAGUACCCCGUCACGGGGCUCUUCGAAGGCAGGUCUUACGUGUUCCGGGUGCGGGCGGUCAACAGCGCGGGCGUCAGCCGCCCCUCCAGAGUCUCCGAUGCCGUGGCCGCCCUCGACCCUCUUGACCUCAGAAGGUUACAAGCUAUUCGUCUGGAGGGAGAGAAAGAGAUCGUGAUCUACCAGGAUGACCUUGAAGGCGAUGUUCAGAUCCCGGGCCCUCCCACGAACGUGCAGGCCGCAGAGAUCAGCCGGAACUAUGUGGUCCUCAGCUGGGAGCCCCCGAGCCCCCGCGGGAAGGAGCCCUUGAUGUACUUCAUCGAGAAGUCCGCCGUGGGGAGCGGCAGCUGGCAGCGCGUCAACGCCCAGACGGCCGUGCGCUCUCCCCGGUUCGCCGUCUUCGACCUGGCCGAGGGAAAGCCCUACGUGUUCCGCGUUCUCUCGGCCAACAAGCACGGCCUGAGCGACCCGUCGGAGAUCACAGCCCCCGUCCAGGCGCAGGACACCAUCGCUGUCCCUUCUGCCCCUGGCCGCGUGCUGGCAUCCCGGAACACCAAGACGUCGGUCGUGGUGCAGUGGGACAGACCCAAGCAGGAGGAGGACCUCCUGGGCUACUACGUGGACUGCUGCGUGGCCGGAACCAACCUGUGGGAGCCGUGCAACCACAAGCCAAUCAGCUACAACAGGUUCGUGGUGCACGGCCUGAGCACGGGCGAGCGGUACAUCUUCCGGGUCAAGGCCGUCAACGCGGUGGGGGCCAGCGAGAACUCGCAGGAGUCGGAGGUCAUCAAGGUCCAGGCUGCCCUCGCCGCCCCGUCCCACCCCUACGGGAUCACCCUGCUGAGCUGCGACGGCCAGUCCAUGACGCUCGGCUGGAAGGUGCCGAGAUUCAGCGGCGGCUCCGCCAUCCUGGGCUACUACCUGGACAAGCGCGAGGCUCUUCACCGGAACUGGCACGAGGCCAGCGCCUCACCUGUCCAGGACAGGAUCUUCACGGUGGAGGGCUUGACAGAAGGCUCGCUCUACGAGUUCAAAAUCGCCGCCUUCAACCUGGCCGGGAUUGGGCAGCCAUCCGACCCCAGCGAGCACUUCAAGUGUGAAGCCUGGACUGCACCAGAGCCCGGUCCCGCCUACGACCUGACCUUCUGUGAGGUGCGGGACACCUCGCUCGUGAUGCUGUGGAAGGCCCCCGUGUACACAGGCAGCAGCCCCGUCUCGGGGUACCUCGUGGACUUCAAGGAGGAGGGUGCCGGUGAAUGGACAACCGUGAACGAGGCAGCGACUCCCAACCGCUAUUUGAAGGUGUGUGACCUGAAGCAGGGUCAGACCUACGUCUUCAGAGUCCGGGCGGUGAAUGCCAGCGGGCCCGGGAAGCCCUCCGACGUGUCGGAGCCAGUGUUAGUGGAGGCCCGGCCAGGUACCAAGGAGAUCAGCGCUGGUGUGGACGAGCAGGGUGACAUCUACCUGGAGUUUGACUGCCAGGAAAUGACCGACGCCUCCCUGUUCACGUGGUGCAAGUCCUACGAGGAGAUCGCCGACCAGGACAGGUUCAGGGUCCACACGGAGGGCGAUCACUCACGGCUGUACUUUAAGACUCCAGAUAAAGUGGACGUGGGGACAUACUCUGUGUCUGUGAGCGACACGGAGGGGGUGUCCUCCAGCUUUGUGUUGGAUGAAGAAGAGCUUGAGCGUCUGAUGGCGCUGAGCCACGAGAUAAAGAACCCCACCAUCCCUCUCAAGUCCGAGUUAGCCUAUGAGAUCUUCGAGAAGGGCCAGGUUCGCUUCUGGCUCCAGGCCGAGCACCUGUCCCCGGACGCCAGCUUCCGCUUCGUUAUUAAUGACAGGGAAGUCUCUGACAGCGAGACACACAGAAUUAAAUGUGACAAAUCAACCGGCCUUAUUGAGAUGGUAAUGGAUCGCUUUACUAUCGAAAACGAAGGCACCUACACUGUGCAGAUUCAAGACGGGAAUGCGAAAAAUCAAUCUUCGCUAGUCCUUAUCGGAGAUGCAUUCAAGGCUGUUCUAGAAGAGGCGGAAUUUCAAAGGAAAGAAUUCCUCAGGAAGCAAGGCCCUCACUUUGCUGAGUAUUUGCGCUGGGAUGUCACAGACGAAUGUGAAGUCCGUCUCGUCUGUAAGGUCGCGAACACCAAGAGAGAGACGGUCUUCAAGUGGCUCAAGGAUGACGUUCUGCAUGACACAGAGACACCGCCCGACCUGGAGCGAGGGGUCUGCGAGCUGCUCAUACCGAAGCUGUCCAAGAAGGACCACGGUGAAUACAAGGCGACCUUGAAAGACGACAGAGGUCAAGAUGUGUCUGUCCUUGAAAUAGCAGGCCAAGUGUACGAGGACAUGAUCUUGGCGAUGAGUCGAGUCUGUGGAAUGUCUGCCUCCCCACUGAAAGUCCUCUGCACGCCGGAAGGAAUCAGACUGCAGUGUUUCAUGAAGUAUUUCACGGAAGAAAUGAAAAUCAACUGGUAUCACAAAGAUGCGAAGAUUUCCUCCAGCGAGCACAUGCGGGUGGGCGGGAGUGAGGAGGUGGCCUGGCUGCAGAUCUGCGAGCCCUCGGAGAAGGACAAGGGGAAGUACACCUUCGAGAUUUCCGAUGGCAAAGACAACCACCAACGCUCCCUCGACCUGUCUGGGCAGGCCUUUGAUGAAGCCUUUGCCGAAUUCCAGCAACUCAAGGCUGCCGCGUUUGCGGAGAAGAAUCGUGGCAAGGUGAUUGGCGGCCUACCCGACGUGGUGACCAUAAUGGAAGGCAAGACCUUGAAUCUGACCUGCACAGUGUUUGGGAACCCCGACCCUGAGGUGGUCUGGUUCAAGAACGACAAGGACAUUGAGCUGAGCGAGCACUUCUCGGUGAAGGUGGAGCAGUCCAAGUACGUCAGCCUCACCAUCACCGGGGUGACCGCCGAGGACUCCGGCAAGUACAGCAUCAACGUCAAGAACAAGUACGGAGGGGAGAAAAUCGAUGUCACCGUCAGCGUGUACAAGCACGGAGAGAAGAUUCCAGAGCUCUCUGUACCCCAGCAGGCCAAGCCCAAGCUCAUCCCCGCCUCCACCUCUGCCUCUGAAUGAGGGGGGUUCGUGGGGGGGUGUCUAGGCGUGGUCGGAAUGCAGUGUCCUGGCCCUGGAGGCCAGGAGCAGAGUGACGUCAUGUGUGUCAGAUAGUCCCCGAGUGACACAAUGUGUUAGAUAGUCCCCGAGUGACAUCACACGUGUCAGACCAUCCCUGAGUGAUGUCACGCAUGUCCAAAAGUCCCUGAGUGAUGUCACGAGUGUCAGUCCCCAAGUGACAUCACACAUCAGACCAUGCCCGAGUGAUGUCACGCAUGUCAAAAAGUCCCUGAGUGAUGUCACGUGUGUCAUAGUCCCUGAGUGAUGUCAUGCAUGUCAGGCAGUCCCCGAGUGAUGUCACGCGUGUCAGGCAGUCCCCGAGUGAUGUCCCACCUGGCUUGUACUCCUCGGGUGACAUGACAGGUGUCAGACGGUCCGUCAUGGCAUGUGAGGCUUGUGAGUUUUCAUUGGUGAUUGUGGCUUUCUGUCCACAGGCUGAACGGCUUGCACGCACGUGAGGGUGGAUGGCAGGUAGCUGGUGGGAGCAGGAGGCCAGGGCCCGCGUGUGGUUGCAGGCGUGGGAACGUGGCUGUGGUCUCAGUCCCGGGAACGUAGCUGUGGUCUCGGGCGUGGGAACAUGGCUGUGGUCUCAGUGGUGGGAACGUGGCUGUGGUCUCGGUCCCGGGAAUGUGGCUGUGGUCUUGGUCCCGGGAACAUGGCUGUGGUCUUGGUCCCGGGAACAUGGCUGUGGUCUCAGUGGUGGGAACGUAGCUGUGGGCUCGGUCCCGGGAACAUGGGUGUGGCCUCAGUGGUGGGAACAUGGCUGUGGUCUCAGUGGUGGGAACGUGGCUGUGGUCUCAGUGGUGGGAACGUGGCUGUGGUCUCAGUGGUGGGAACGUGGCUGUGGCCUCAGUGGUAGGAACGUGGCUGUGGCCUCAGUGGUGGAAGGAGUCGUCUCCGGUGUCCAGAGCCGUUUCUGUCUUGGGGGCCACGCGGGUGGCUGCAGCCCUGGAAGUUCCAGGACCUUGCUGGAGAUCUGAUAUUGCCUGGGGCCACUGUUUUAGUUUCAUGCCAAUAAAGCAUUAAAAUUCA